AUGGACACAACCUCCAACGAGGCCGCCAUACGUCUACAACCCUUAGGUGGACAUGGCACCUUCACCGUCAAAACCACCAGCGCGGCCUUUCUCGCCAUUGCGCUAUACAACGCCGUUGAGCUUCUGAUUUUGAUCCUCGGGAACUUCCAUCAUCAUCAUGGCAUCUACUUCUGGUCGCUCCUCCUAUCAACGGCCCUGGGCGUCGUGCCCUUCUCGAUCGGUGCCAUUAUCGACCUCUACGACCUGAGCCCCUUAUGGGUGAUCCUCGUCAUGAUCGACCUCGGCUGGAUUUUUAUGGUCGGAGGGCAAAGCGUGGUUCUCUACUCCCGGUUACAUCUCGUCUCGCGCAAUGAUCGCGUUCUCCGCUACCUCCGUUAUAUGAUCAUCAUUGACACCAUUAUCCUUACCACACCGAUGAGCAUUAUCUACUUCACAACCGCUUAUUCAACACCGAGAGUAUGGGCAAGGGCGUUCUACAUCAUGGAGGUCAUUCAGGUCAUCUGGUUCUCCGUUCAGGAAUGCGUCAUCUCCACCUUCUGGAUCGUGGAGACGGCGAAGCUGAUUCGCCUCCGCCCGGGACACGACAGACGGCGAAAGCGAACCAUGUAUGAGAUCCUGGCGAUCAAUCUCGCUGCGAUUUUGAUGGACAUCGCGCUCUUGGUGCUACAGUUUUCGGGAUACUACUACGUUCAGGUGCCGGUGAAGGCAACCGUGUAUAGUAUCAAGCUGAAGUUGGAAUUUGCAGUCUUGGGGAAGCUGGUCCACCUCGCAACCACCCACCAGACAGACUCCGUGGGAUUUGGAAUAUCACCCGUCAUGACGCCUGUUGAUGUCGCUACCAGUAUCUCUCCGUCAAGCGAAACUUCUAAAGUACAUCGAGUUAUGAAAAUCCCGGGUGAAUUCUGGAAGUCUACGCCGAAGCACAGCGCCGCCAGCGGAGCUCUCAUGUGA